AUGAGAAGACACAUCCACCGAAGCAUAGCCUCCAACCAUCAUCUCCUCUCGGAAGCUACACCUCACAACAAUUACAAUCAUAAUAAUCAUUAUAAAAACAUUGGAGUAUUACCAUCAUCGAGAAUUUCUGGCAAUUCUUCGUCGAAUGCAGCAGCUUGUCAGUCGGCAAAUCGUACCAUCCAUCAACACAACAAGAUUAAGAAAAAUGAUUAUUGUUUGUUAGAAACCAAUCACGAAUUGAAUUUAACUGGUGCGCAUCGAAAACGAUCUUAUCAUACUAAUGUAACAAGUGUCACAAGACAGCCUCGGCCAUCCAAUGGCGAAGCAUCAACAUUUUCAUUCGAUGCCAAAACUUUUGCAGAAAGUUUGAGAAGAUACUUUCAACAACCUUUCUCUAAUCCCAUGGAAGAAGAGCAAGUUGAGAAAAUAUCGGCAAUUCCAAGUGCUGCUGAGAAUCUUUUCACGCAAUUAAAGAUGUCUGACAUGAUGAAAUAUCAACCUCAUCAAUUUUUCCUCACCAAAUUAAGAUCUUAUAUUGAACACGGAUUGGAGAAGGUGAAAAAGCAGCCAGCUCUUGAUGCUAAGAAUGCAGAUGCUUUUGCAUUCUUUGUAAAUGGAGGAAAAGGUACUGGACGAACAAGGAAUACCAUCGAAGCUGUGGAAAUAUGCGCGCAAGAAUAUAGACACAAGUUUAAGAAAGUUAUGUACUUAUAUUUACCAUUUUUGGAUAUGUGUUCUUUAGAGGAAGAGGAAGACAUGUUUGGAGCGCAAGAAAUCUUACAUUACCAACAAUCAAAAAAGCUAAUCACUGCCAGAAUGAUCUAUUCAUAUUUCACACAAGUCAUUGAAAACCCAUUUGUGAUGCCAUACAGACAUUUUCUUGAUAAUUGCUUUCACUUUAUUCCUGAAGAUAUUAGCUUGGCUUCAGAAAUUAUUAGAUAUGACUCUCGACUGACUAGUGAUGAGGAAUUACUUCUUUUCAUGAUUCUUGACGACUGUGAUGAGUUGUUGAAAUAUACCAUUGAGAAUUAUACUUUUAAACCAUUUAGCGUGUUAGUUCGAGUGUAUAAUGAUCUACCUUCAAUAUUUAAGGAUGGAACAAAUACAAUCUAUGCACCCAUCAUGAUUGGUACAAAUAUUGAAGGCAUGGUUGAUGACUGGGUUCACAAAUUAGGACCCACUCGGCCAACCUAUGCAGGUAGUUCGUACCACAAAAACGAAACUUUUACAACGUCCCAAUUCCCACUUCUCACUAAAGAACAGGUAGAACAAAUAGUUGAUCACAUGUUUGAAAAGAAGGGUCACAUUGUGAUUCAAGAUGAGAAUGGAAAUGGUCAUUUUAUUGAUAAGACUAAUUGGAGAAGCUCAAAAGCAUUAACAACAGCUCUAGGGAUUAUCGGAGGACAUCCAUUAGUUUUAGAAUAUUUUCUAUUAUUUAUUGCAUCUGUACAUUACUUGCACAAAGAUUUUUGCAAUUUUCAAUAUGCUGUUGAGAGAACAAAAUAUGAGAUCAAGAGACAGUACAAUUUUAUAGAAUUGAAUCUCAAAAAUACUGACAAUCAACUCGAAAAAAUUAUUGUUAGUACCUUCACGGGUCGUGAGAUUCUAGAAGUGACAGGAAUGAAAAAUUAUGAAUUCUCCCACUUUUCGACGUAUUUCAACUCGGGAAUUGUUUUCCCAAUGAUUAAGAAUGAAGAUGAGGAUAUAUUUUUCAAUAAUUAUAAUAAUUUAGAACGAGCGGUGUGUGUACCCUUCAUUUUCCUGGAUGAGCUCAUUGAACAAAUUCCUGAGGAGAGCAAAAACAAACGAGUAUUUAGGGAGCUUUGUACCUCUUUAAAGGAGUUGUUUGAUUUGCAUCUGUUAGAUAAGAAUGGAAAGAUUGAGAUGGUCGAGAAACAAAAGAGAAAGGCUACAAAAGUCAUGUCAAAAGCUAUUGAGAGUUUGAAAAGUUCAGAGUUGGAUUCUCCUUAUAUUCAAGAGUUGCUUUCAUGGCAAACUCUCAGCCGUAAAACUGAGUAA